CAAUCGUCGGUUACUCUCUAUUGGUCAGUUUUCGGCUUCAUGUCACCGACGGACAUUCAUAUGGUUGGACGUCAAAUCGCCAAGGAAUUAUCAGGUUCUUUACUGUACGCGGCUUUCUACGCUCUUGUGGUCGUGGUGCUGCUCAACGCACUAAUUGCCGUGUGGAAUGAAGUCUAUAAACAAAUAACGGAAGAUAGUGACGUACAAUGGAAGUUCUCAUGUACUGCUAUGUGGAUGACGUACCUCGGGGAUGAUGUCCGGGUACCACCACCAUUCAACCUCCUACCAACACCAAGUGCAUUGCGCCGUUUACAUGGCGUUCUCGCCAAGUGCCCGAGGUUGUCUGGGUCUACAGUGGAAGAGUUUAACGCAUCACGUGAUGAUGAAACGAGUGAGGGAAAGGAAAGCUUAGCAUCUAUUGUAAGAGGAAUCCAAAGAGAAAAGAAUAGAGAACAAGAAGAUCAGCUCACAAACUAUAAGCGAGUCACUGGACAUCUUCGAGAACGCUACGUUAUUGAAAAGACUGCUGACGAAUAUAGUGCCACUACAGACAUUUCGAAUGAGGAUUUAAGGAACACGAGGAAUGACGUCAUCGCUUUCAGGUACGAAACGUUUAAGAGAACUUGUGAUAUGCUCGACAAAUUACAGAAAACGCGAGAAGAAUGUAUUCAACUCAGACAGAAGUCAGCACUGAUCCCACUCAUCGCUGAGAGGACUGCCUCUAUUGGAUCCGUCCUCCUUGAGAACAUUGAAAAGACAGAGGAGUUCCACACAACACUGGCUGACAUAGAAAUCGUCCCACCAACCCUGCCCACUCCAUCCCAAGUCCCCACGGAAGAUCAUCCGGUGUUACCAACACCCUCGGAGACAACUCGACCCUCUGAGUCACCAAUGCCCCCAUUACACUUUAAACCCCAAUCGUUAUCAUGUACAACUGAUACACCACCGUUGCAAUUGGAUACAUGUCCCUCCUCUUCCAGCACCCCCACCUCUUCAUCAAGAAGAAGGUUUCCUUCAGCAGAGUCGGAUUCGGCAAAAACAGACCCGGGAGUGAGUAACAUCGCCAAAAAGAAUGCUAAGCGAGGGGGACAAAAAAGUACCAUAAAAUCUAGACUUACAAAAAGAAAGUCUAUGCCGUUGGUUUCACCCAAGAAACAACAACAAUGGCGGUUUUAAAACUUGUUUUUGCAAAAUGAGGGGUUUAUAGCCACUCUAUGUAUUAAAGGCAGUGGACACUAUUGGUAAUUGUCAAAGACUAGAC